UGGAGAGAGGGAAGAAGCAGCGCUCAGCAUUUCGCUGAUUUUCAAGUGCACACCGAGCAGCGCGUCAGGCGGCUUUGGGUCAGAACACGCCUGAUUCGGACUUCAGGCGAAGGCAGAGGCCAGCACGGGUCACCGAUUCAGAGCCGGGGGCGGGGCCGACCACACACGCUGUGAGACCCAGAGGCCGAGGAGCCGCGGGUUAGAAAAUGUGACCCUGGCGACCCCAACGCCCCCGCCUCCCUCGCUGCUGCUCCACCUGCACGCGGAGCGCGCCGAGCCGCCAGCGGAGGCGAUGGCCAGCCCCGCGCCCUUAGUGGCCUCCAUCAGCCACCAAAUGGUGGCUCUGCAGACCUUGCAGCUGCUGCAGCAGGAGUGGGGCUGGGGGGACGGUCCAGGCGCCCCCGGGAACCCGCGGGACCCGGACCACGUGUCCACCGCUCCGGCCCGUCGCUCAGGCCCGCGGCGGGCCCGGUCGGGGCCCGGGCGCGAGGAGCAGGGCGGGGGCGUGGGGACCAGGAGUCGGCGGACCGCGGCGCGGGCGAACUCCCCAGAGGAGGAGGUAGUGCGAGGCGCUGAGGGGGGCGCGGAGUUGCUGCCCUUCCCCCGGGACCGCGGGCCCUGCACCCUGGCCCGGAUGGCGAUGCGCAGCGCGCUGGCCCGCGUGGUGGACUCGACUUCGGAGCUGGUCAGCGUGGAGCAGACGCUGCUGGGGCCCCUCCAGCAGGAGCAGUCCUUUCCCAUCCACCUGAAGGAUAGUGUUGAGUUUAGAAACAUCUGCAGUCAUUUGGCUCUACAGAUUGAAGGACAGCAGUUUGACAGAGACUUGAAUGCUGCCCACCAGUGUUUGAAGACAAUAGUCAAGAAGCUGAUUCAGUCACUUGCUAAUUUUCCUUCAGAUGCCCACAUGGUAGCCUGUGCUUCCUUGAGACAGAUCUUACAGAAUCUCCCAGACAUAUGAGUGUUAAAGGCAUCGGGAGUAAAACCACAGCCAGCACUGUUGAGAGAACCAGAUACCUUACCUUCCUAAUUGAGUCAGCAGACAAUGGAUGUUUUUAUAUCCAAAGGGGAAAGACUUGAUGGUAUGUGGAGCAGUCUGACCAGUGGCAUCUGUAGCCUUCAGGAUUAUAGCAUGUUAAUGAAAUUUUUUUAAAACAGUAGUUCAUAUUUUUAAGUAUAUUGACCUAUUUGCCGACUUUCUGAUUGAAAUACAUUCUACUUUGUGAAACUGAUUUGAUUAUGUAUGUAUAUAUUCAUAUUAUUAGUUUUUAUUGAAUGAUACCUUAAUUUGUAUUCAUAUUAAUGUAUGUCUAAAGGGUUUAAUGUGGUUAUUUAUAUAAUUAAAGUUCCGUGGUUCUUAAAAUUACCUUGAAUAAAUAUUUGAUAAUUGCUAUGUUCUAUUAAUACUUACUGGACACUUCCUUUUAUAAGAACGACCUUUGUAGGCCUAUAUGUGUCAGUAAUUAUGAGUUUCAACCCUGACAUUAAUAACUUAUUGUUGAGCAGAGAAGAGUUGCUUCUAAACCUUGUGCUUUUAUAUACUAAUUUAAAAACUUAAAGUGAUAGUGAGCUAUGAAGUACCAAUCAUGUAUGAUAUGUAAAUACAAAGCACAGUAUUGUUAAAGUCUCAUGUGGAAAAGUCUAGCUUUUACUGUUUCUAAAUAUUCUGAUUGAAGUAGGAAAUUCUUUAAAAAAAGGGAAGGAGUGGAUCUACUGGCAGGUUUCCCAAACCGUUUAGAGCCAGGAAGAGAGAAGGUGAUUUUUUUUUUUUCAACAACAGUCCACACAUACUUAGGAAAAACCAAAUUUCUUGUUGUUCAAUGAUGACUGUGUUGACAGCCAAAGUAAAAUGCUAUUUUUUCCCUUAAAAUUUUAAUAGAAACAGCAACAGAUUUAGAAAAAAAGAUUAUAGUGAUUAUGUGCAGCUUGUUUUCUGAAAGAAUCAUCAACUGGGUCUGCGUGGUGGGAGUACAAUACUAUUUCUAAGGUAUUAAUAGUAAUCAAAGCCUUUUUAAUCUCACCCACUCUAAUCCUAGUUGGUUCUAAAUGUUUUCUUCCAGAAUCUGAGAAUGAAAGGUAAACAUAUUGCUUCUCUUUGGACGUAAUUGACCAUUUCCAGAGAAGGGAACUAAGUAUAUGAUACUGAAUUCUAAAGGAAAGGCAGACGCUCUGUGUGUCUGUGUGCAUGUGUGUGUGUGUGUGUGUGCUCAUGUGUGUACAUGUGCAUGAGUGUGUGUAGGGGUGAGGUGGGCCAGAAAUAAAGGGCAUUUAUUUCUUCACUUGAUCUUAGGCAAAAGGCUGAGAAGCGGUGGGCAUUUAUUUCUUGAGAAUAAUCUUUGCCACUCAGUUUUCCCACACCUAAGAAACAUUGUAUUCUGGGGGGAUGCCUUUCUUUUAUGAUGAGGUCUUUCUUCCCCCAAGGAAAUUAGCUCUGUACUUUUAAGACCCAUCAUUAUUUAUAUGCUGCCUACCCCAUUGUAAUUAAUGAUUCCCUCAAUGAAUAUUAAGGUGUUUUUUUUUUACCUUACCCAAAGAAAUAGUGAACAUUUUUUAUUUUCUGUCUGUGCUUGUGCUUUUUCCUCACUUUGUACCAUGUUUCCUAUAUGCUGACAAAAAUCCUAUUCAUCCUUCAAGAUCUGAUUUACCCACCACCCACUCCAUGAACCCUCAUGGGCCAUCCUAGCCAGAGGUGAACUCUUCCUCUUCUAAACUCCCAUAGAACACAUUUUGUGCUACGUUUCUGGUGUUUAUCACACGCCAUCUUAAUAGCAUAGCUGUUGGUAAAUCUGCUGUCAAGAUUAGCUUGCUGAAGACAGGGAUUAUCUAGACAUCUUUGUAUGUUGCCUAGCAUCUACAGUUCUUAAAGUUCUAUGAUGCUACUAGAACUUUGUUUGCCCCUACCACCUUUUUACACCCCUCCCCCACCCCAUGCUAACUUCAGUGCCUUAUGUUCUAUGGUUAGUCUGCAUAAUCAAUUGGUGCCACAUGCCACCAGUUCCCUUUGCUUUUUUCCCUUUGGUUGAAUGCUGCUUGCAAAACCCAAUCCCUGGUCAAGUCCAACUCUCUGCCUACUCCACGUCUGUAGAGGAGCUCUGAAUAUGGCUGGAGAAAAACACCCAGCCAUACCAAUCUCACUUCAGCUCAUGGCUCCCAACCUCCAGGGACGCUUGGCAUUCUCCAUUAGCCCUACUUCAUUUCCUAGACCUGCAAUGUUCAGUGUGGUAGCACUGGCCGCACGUGGCUACUGAGCACUUAAAAUGUGGUUCAUCUGAAUUGAGAUGUGCUGAAAAUGUAAAAUGCACACUGGCUUUUGAAAACUUACUACUAAAAAAAAAAGAAUCUAAAAUAUCUUGAUACUGUUUAUACUGAUUACAUGUUGAAAUGAUAAUAUUUUGAAUAUGUUGGGUUAAGUAAAAUAUACCAUUAAAAUUAAUUGUACCUA